CAACGAGACCGUCAGACCGACAACUGUAAAUCCUUUCGACGAGACGAGCUGCCGUUCCUGCGCGACAAUCAGACAAGCGGUUCGAAGACGCACGUCAUCCUUUUAACAGCGGCGUAUCCUCAUUUUGCACCAAUUAGACACGUUUCAUCCUUCCCGUGCACCAAUCAAUGACGAGAGACACACACUCAACCCCCGCCAAGACCCGUUUUCUCGUGCACCAAAGACAAGAGUGAAAGACGCGUCAUUUUCACAAUCAGACUCGUCACACCAACAGGCAUUGGCACAUACGGCAUGAAAUACGAUACCCGAGGUCCCACGUUAGCCCAACAAGUCCCGAGUCUCGUUACGAAAUAUAAAUAGAAUCGGACGAUAAUCCCACUUUGCUCGCAAACGCCGACAUGACGUCACAGCAUCCGCCUCUGGAUCUGCAGUCACGUGACACCUGACCGCCGUUGGCCGCGCGUGCACGAGCGUCGACGAGUGUGCCCGCCCGCCCGCUCGGCUCGGCUCGGCUCGGUUCAGGUUCACGCCGAUCGCCAAUCAUGAACAAGGUGGACGGCCGCGUCGUCGCCGCCGCCGUCGGUUCGUCGUCCUCACGAGGGCGGAGCGCGCCGUCCUCUCCCGCUACCGUGGCCAUCAUGGCACGUGUGGACGACGAGGUGGUGGCGUACCGCGACUUGGCGGCUCUCCCGCGCGACAAAGCCAUCCUGCAGGUGGAGCGACCCGACCUCAUGACCUACCGGCCUCACCUCAGCUUCUCGCCGCCGGACGUGCCGCGCAGACAGCGCUCUCUGUCUCCUCCCGCCGCCUCGCCCGCCGCAUCUCCGGAGGGCAAAGGACGGCGAGCGGAAAGUGACUGCGGCUCCCCCGGAGGCUCCGUGCUGCAACUGCACGCCGGACGCAAGAUCAGCGCCAGUCUGCAGCACUUCCACCGGCCAGAUAACGGGACAAACAUCUACAGAAAGCCGCCCAUCUACAAACAGGGUGAGUCGUUUGUCUUCUCCUCCUCCUUCUUCCUCUACUUGAUGUGUUGUCAUCACGGUCCCACCUCCGUCACUGUGCCCCCAACCCGACGAUGUCCUCCAGAAGGUUUCAAACCAGCGGACGGCGGCGGCGGCGUCGUCCGAGCGGCCAAGUUCCCGGCCGCUCGGCGUCCGGACCCCAACCAGCCUUCCAAGAUCGAGACCGACUUCUGGCCGUGCCCCCCGUCGCUGGCCGCCACGGAAAUCGAGUGGCGGAAGAAGAAAAUGGAGGAGGAGGAGGAGGAGGAGGAGGACGACGACUUCGAAGACCCGACGGACGAGGCCGAGGCGCUGCAGGAGCGGGAGCUGGAAAAGAUCGCGUCCAACCUGGGUCGUCUGAUCCUGCGCGAGGAGAAGGAGAAAGGCGCCGCCUUCCGGCGAAAGACGCGCUCGCUGCCCGACAGAACGCACGCGCACGCCAGUCUGUCGGCCAACGCGUCCGAGUCACCGUCUCGUUCCAGCUCCGGGCUGAGCAGAAGGCAGUCGGCCGAGUUUUCCACGGACGGCGCCGACGCAGUGGCUCAGAACGCCGCCCCCCAGCGUGUCGGUCUGGACCGCGGGACUUCGCUGCCGAGCAUCUUGGAGCAGAAGGUUCACCCCUACGAAGCGCUGGUGGCGACCCGCAGGGGACGCCGCAGGCUUCCGCCCGGAGUGGACCGGACGAGGCUGGAGAGACAUCUGGACCCUGAGCAGUUCCGUCAAGUUUUCGGGAUGAGCGCCUCCGAGUUUGAGCGCCUGUCGCUAUGGAGACGGAACGAGCUCAAGAAGAGGGCGUCGCUCUUCUGAGAGGAAGUGACAUCACGGCCACGUGGGAACAACCACGACGUCGUUUCCCGAUUGUCGCACUUGCACACGCACGCGCACACAGCCUACUUCCUGGUGACCCAAUUCCACCAAAAUAGUCGAGGAACCCAACAAGUGCUCGUUCUUCACACACGCACGCACGCACGACGGACAGAUACAAGCAGCCUUGACACACGCAGACAGACACACAUGCAAACGCGUUCGCGCAAGCACCCACACCAACGCACAAACAUUCAAUGAGUGAUUGGUUGCCAUGGUUACCAGCGCACCUCCCGAUGGCGCCGACGAGGAGGAGUUGAGCAGUUUGCGCCGCUCUUAUUUUGAAGGCCCGAGCUUUUGGAUUGUUUGAUUUUCCUGACGUCCGUUUCGUGUUCCUCGUGUUUCUCUGCUCAACAAUAAAGUCGACGUGCACGCGACAACGAGCACGCAAUGGUUUUCC